AUGGCUCAAAAUUACGAUCGUCGUCGCAUAAAUGGCCCAGAUGAUAGUGUCCCUCCAAUUUUCGAGGAUGGUGAUAGUACGGUGCUCUGGAGUGCCGGAAAACCGCGUCAAGGACGAGCAUCAGGAGACAUUAGACCCAUAUGCCUCAUAAGUCAAGCAAAUGGAUCCGCAUACAUCGAGACCGAAAGAACCAAGAUUGCUUGCGCAGUGUAUGGCCCUCGGCAAUCAAAAACUACAGUGUACAAUGAGAAUGGGCGGCUGAAUGUUGAGGUCAAAUUCGCUCCGUUCUCAUGCACUCGGAGGCGAGCGCCGAUACGCGAUGCAGAAGAUAGGUCCAUCGCCAUGCAAAUUCACCAGGCGAUUCUACCCUCUGUUCGCCUCGAACUGCUGCCAAAGUCAACUAUUGACAUUUUUAUCACCGUCAUUGAGAACGACGGGAUUGAAGGUUGUAUCGCCUCAGGGUCAUUAUCUGCAAGUGCUGCUCUGGCAGAUGCAGGUAUCGAGAUGCUUGGAUUGGUUAUAUCAUGUACUGCUUCUGUCAUAUGUGGCGAGAUAUGGUUGGAUCCGACAGAAGAGGAAGCUCGAGCGGCUGCAGGAAGCCUGAUUAUGUCGGGUAUACCUGCUCUGGGAACUAUCACCCAUGUCUGGCAAUCUGGCCAUAUGACGCCCGGACAAGCACUUCAACCCAAUGAUUCUUGGUUCCCAUUACUGACGUGGGUCAUGAUUUCGCGACGUCCACUGCGUCCCCUUCCUCAGACUGAAGCACUCUGCAAAACCACUUUCCUGCGGCCACCUCUGGAUGGAUCCUUGACAUUACCCGAGAUAUUUGAUUGGCAUGCGGCACAUAACCCGAAGCAUCGCGUAUUUGUAUAUUUGAAGAAUGGCGGUAUUGAGAGUAUAUGUUGGUUAGAGACCGUGAAGGCGAUCAAGGUUGCAGCUAGAAUCAUGCGAAGCCGCUUUAGGAUGGAGGGGUCAGAAGGAUCCCCAAUAGUAGGUAUAUUGGCCACAUCAGACUUCAUCCCAUACUUCAUCUCAAUAAUGGGUCUUAUUCAGGCGAACUACGUUGUAUUCCCCAUCUCUCCUAGAAAUUCGCCCGCUGCUGUGGCACAUUUGAUGCAUGCAGUGGGUGCCAGCCAUAUUCUAGUAGGACAUGAAAACUCCAUGCUUGAGUUAUCGAAACAUGCCUUGGACAUAUUUCAGUCUCAAUAUCCGAACGCAGCGAUCCCUAUGACAUCACCUAUGCUUUCGUUCGAGGGGUUGUUCCUUCCACAAGCAGACGCUCCUGGCGAUGAUACGACGGUCUUGGAAGCCAUCUUCGAGACUACUACCGAGCUAACGGAUGAAUUCAAGUUCGCCCUACACCCGCAUUUCAGUGAACAAUGCCUUGUAGACAAGGUCUUCGCUGUACAUUCAAUCCCGAUGUAUCAUACAAUCGGGGUUUUACAGUUGCUGUGGACGGCUUCUUGUGGGCUGGUAUUGAGUGUUUUCAAGCCUCAGACCCCUGCUCCAGUGCCAUCCCCUGAUCUGGUUUUUACCGAAGCAAUGGCAACGAACAGCGAUGUGAUAUUCUGCGUUCCGUCAUUUCUUGAGGCGUGGUCACAUAAAGCUGAAUACGUGGGCUGGCUUGCCACUCGUAUGGGGCUACUAAGUGGAGGUGGCCCCAUCAACAAGGAGGUCGGAGACUAUUUAGUUUCUCAAGGGAUUGCACUUGUCAACCAGUACGGAUUAACUGAAACCGGAGCCCUAAGUCUCUUUCUACCAAGACAAGUCGGAUAUGACUGGGAGUACUUUCGUAUCCCUCAGCAGAUCAACGUGUAUUUUGCGCCCCAUGGCGAAAACAUCUAUGAACUCGUUGUGGUGGCCAACCAUUUCCGUGUGCCAGCCAAGCUGAAUACGAAAAUUAACGGGAUUGAUGCAUAUGCAACAUCAGAUCUCGUGAUCCCCCAUCCAACGAAGCCAGGUUAUUGGAAGGUAUUCGGACGCAGUGAUGAUCAACUUAUCCAUAACACAGGUGAAAAGACGAAUCCUGGGCCUCUUGAAAACAUCCUAAAUCAGGAUAUACACAUCCUGGCCUCCGUCGUGUUUGGCAAUGGGAGGUUCCAAGCCGGUGUUCUAGUUGACCCAGUGCCAGAAUUCAACUUUGACGCCACAGAUGAGCCAAAAUUAGCGGCGAUCUCGAACAGGCCUACGGUUGAGAAAGUCAACGCAUAUGCACCGCAGCAUUCAAGAUUGUUUAAAGAGAUGAUAUUGGUCUCAAAGUCCUCCAAGCCGUUCACGUAUACUGCCAAAAAUACUGUCCGCCGGCAUGCCGUCAUUAGUGAUUACGAGGAGGAAAUCGACAUAUUAUAUGAUAAAGUGGAGGAGAGCACUCAAGCUAACAUCCCCAUUCCGUCCCGAUGGGAUGCUAGGACCACUGCGGAUUUUGUACGGACUGUGGUGGACAAGAUACUCCGGUAUCCAAUCAGAGAUGACGACGAUCUCUUCUAUUGCGGGUGUGAUAGUCUUCAAGCUACUUGGAUACGCAACUCUAUAUUACGCGCCUUGCGCGAUUCAGUUCAAUUUGACACGCGGAAGUUCUCCGGAAACUUCGUGUACGAUCAUCCUUCCGUAUCCUCUCUUGUUUUGCACGUAUCCAGAUUGGUAUCUGGUGCGAACGAUGAUUUAGACAGUUCGGGAGAAGAACGCACAAGUAUAAUGCGCAAGAUGGUCGCUGACUACAGCGCAGAUUUCCCUACCCAUCGGACAGAUAACGCAGUACCUCGGUCAAACCAUGGCAACAUCAUACUCGUCACGGGCACCACAGGCGGCCUGGGAUGCCACAUUCUAGUUCGACUGGCGAGUGAUGCGAAUGUCUCCCGAGUCUAUGCUCUUAAUCGAGCCUCCAAGAAUAAGACAUUGCUAGAAAGACAGAAGGGUGCGCUCAUUGAACGUGCAUUGGACACAGCGGCGCUAGUAAAUGACAGGGUCGUCCUCCUCGAGGGAGACCUCUCGCUGCCAAAUUUCGGCCUAGCCGAGAACGUUUAUGAAGAGAUACAUCAGUCGCUUACUCACAUCAUACACAACGCCUGGCCUGUAAAUUUCAAUAUACCUUUGUCCUCGUUUGAGCCUAGUAUUACCGGCUUGCGGCGUCUCGUGGACUUUGCCUUAACAUCUCCGCAAAGGAACCCACCGCAUCUGACAUUUGCUAGCAGUAUCGGCAUUUUUCAGAACUGUGCGAACAUCCAGACUGAAUAUGAAACUCGCGUUCCUGCAGAGGUUGCAGUUGGUACAGGGUACUCUGAAUCAAAAUGGGUGUCAGAAGAGCUGCUGUGUAACGCUGCGAUCCAAACGCCAUUAAAGAUAGUCGUUGCCCGCCUAGGCCAAAUUUGUGGAGGUGGAAACGGCGCCUGGAAUCUGGUCGAAUGGUUCCCUGCCAUGGUUCAAACUGCCACAGUAUUGGGCCAAUUCCCCGUGUGCAACGGGGCCGUGAGUUGGAUAUCGCCAGGGCUAGCAGCCGGUGCUCUAGUUGACCUCCGCAAUGCUCCUACCGAGACGAGAAUUGCGCACAUCGUGCAUCCAUACCCAGUCACUUGGCAUUUUAUAGCAAUCACGGUCGCAUCCGAACUCGGAAUCGCUCUGGUCACAUAUCCCGAAUGGCUGGAAAAGCUCAAACGCGUUGCGGACACCCUCAAUAAUGACAUCUUGGAAGGAGAGGUUAUAGUCGAAAGGGAAACCGCUCACAAGUUGCGUGCCCUGCGACUGCUACCAUUCUUCGAGAGGGUAGCCCUUGAAAUGCCUCGUGAUGAAGCAAUGGGAUUCAAUUCAAUAUCCUACGCGCAAGCUGUAGCCGCAUCUCCAACACUGCAGAAUGCCAGUUCGCACCAGUUGCAUACUGACGAUGUGAAGAGGUGGAUCGCAUACUGGAAGGAAGCAGGACUGUUCUUGAAUCCAUGA